UGGAAUUGUCCACCUAGGGCUUUUCAGUUUUUACACACUGAGCAUGGAUCAUAGAUUAUCAGUGGCAGAACCCCUUCAGGGUAUGAGUGAUGUUACAAUUUUUAUGUGCAGGAUUGAAGGCCUAGAUAAGCUCUGUAUGUUUGUGUUGACUGUCAGCUUUGUUCUUGAGCUGGUGCAAUUGUCCUGAGGAAACUGGGAAGAAGGAGCAUUGUGGAAGGAUGGAUUGUAUACAUCUGUGUUCACUGACAGAUGAUGUUUAUACCCAGUCGUGCUUCCAGCUUUUAAUGUGGUCCAGCUUGUUUCUAAGUAACAGCAAUGUAAUCUUACUUGUAGAAACAUCAUGACACACAGCAGCAUCAUGGUGGAUGUAGGCAAGUGGCCAAUAUUUACCUUACUGUCACCUCAAGAAAUAGCAUCUAUUCGGAAAGCAUGUGUAUUUGGUACAUCAGCCAAUGAAGCUAUAUACAUAACGCACAAUGAUGAGGUAUUUGUUUUUGGACUGAAUUGCAGUAAUUGUUUGGGAACUGGAGAUAAUCAGAGCACAAUAGUACCAAAGAAAUUAGAAGCCUUAUGUGGAAAGAAGAUUUCCAGUCUCAGUUAUGGAAGUGGACCCCAUGUUGUACUUUGCACUGAAGAUGGUGAAGUGUAUGCUUGGGGACAUAAUGGUUACAGCCAACUUGGGAAUGGCACAACCAAUCAGGGCAUUACUCCUGUUCAAGUUUGCACAAAUCUGUUAAUAAAGAAAGUGGUGGAAGUAGCUUGUGGUUCUCAUCAUUCCAUGGCACUGUCGUUUGAUGGGGAUCUGUACGCUUGGGGCUAUAAUAACUGUGGUCAAGUUGGAUCUGGAUCUACAGCAAACCAGCCAACUCCUCGGAGAGUUUCAAACUGUUUACAGGGUAAAAUGGUGGUUGGCAUCGCUUGUGGUCAGACCUCCUCCAUGGCUGUAGUAAACAAUGGUGAGGUUUAUGGCUGGGGUUACAAUGGUAAUGGUCAGCUAGGUCUUGGCAACAACGGCAAUCAGCUAACGCCAUGCAGAGUGGCAGCGUUACAUGGUGUGUGUAUACUCCAGAUUGCCUGUGGCUAUGCGCACACACUAGCACUAACAGAUGAGGGUUUGCUCUAUGCCUGGGGAGCUAACACUUACGGGCAGCUGGGAACUGGCAAUAAAAGUAACCAGCUAAGCCCGAUGCAGAUCAUGAUGGAAAAAGAAAGGGUUGUGGAGAUCGCAGCCUGCCACUCUGCUCACACGUCGGCUGCCAAGACCCAGAGCGGCCAGGUGUACAUGUGGGGCCAAUGCCGUGGGCAGUCGGUGAUCUUUCCCCACCUCACUCACUUUGCCUGCACUGACGAUGUGUUUGCUUGCUUUGCUACCCCUGCUGUUAUGUGGCGUCUUCUAUCAGUAGAGCAUGAAGACUUUUUAACAGUAGCAGAGUCUCUGAAGAAAGAGUUUGACAGCCCAGAAACCUCAGACCUAAAGUUCCGUGUGGAUGGAAAGUACAUCCAUGUCCACAAAGCUGUUCUGAAAAUCAGGUGUGAACACUUCAGAACCAUGUUCCAGUCAUACUGGAAUGAGGAUAUGAAGGAAGUGAUAGAAAUAGACCAGUUUUCUUAUCCUGUGUAUCGUGCCUUUCUUGAGUACUUGUAUACAGACAGUGUUGACCUUCCGCCUGAAGAUGCAAUAGGGCUUUUGGAUUUGGCUACUUCGUACUGUGAAAAUAGGCUGAAAAAACUUUGUCAACACAUUAUCAAGAGAGGAAUUACUGUGGAAAAUGCAUUUUCAUUGCUCUCUGCUGCUGUCAGAUAUGAUGCGGAGGACUUAGAGGAAUUCUGCUUUAAGUUUUGUGUCAAUCAUUUGACGGAAGUGACACAAACUACAGCAUUUUGGCAAAUGGAUGGUCCCCUGCUAAAGGAAUUCAUUGCUAAAGCCAGUAAAUGUGGAGCCUUUAAGAACUGAAAUGAGGCUGUAAGUUCUGGGUAUUAGUAGGGGUUUUUGCAGUUAUAAUGGGAUGUCAUAACUGUAUGGGUAAAAGCGAGUGUCACCUGGUCUCUUGUACCAGAAGAUGUGAAAGGCCACAGUGAAAACAAAUGCUUUCUGUGCUGAAGAGUGAACUGUUGUGAAAACAUCAAGCAAAAUAUCCACAUGCAUUUAGCAAACCGGGCUGGUGGAACCAGCUUGAGAUUUGAGGCGGAGAGAGGAAACCCUGCAACUGCCUGUUAGUAUUUUCAAUUUACUUUUGGGGUUGGAGCGUAGUCUGACCUGAGCCACUGAAUGACAUCGCAUCAUUAAUGCCCUGGGAUUAUAGAGAAGCAAAUGGCGUGGGUAUCUGUUACUGCAUGUGCAGGGCUGUGAAUGAGUUUGCCAUUUGCUGUGUGUAAUUAACCAGUGUAUCCAGUGCUUAGAAAAGCGUGCAGAAAUCAUACACCCUCAAAGCCUAUGCAAGUAGCUUUGAAGAAAGGGGUAACUAGCCAAUCUAAUCGGACGUAAAUCUAUAUCUUUGGGUAUGUAACCUUAAUGUCAGUUGUAAUGUGUACUUUGUGUAAUCUGUUCAAGCAAUAUUUAUAAUGGUUAAUGGAAAAAAUUCCCUCUGGUGGCUUCAGAUUACAGUGGUUCCCUUGGUGGGGGGCACACACUGUUCUGAAAGUGGGGGUCUUGCAUUUAAGUGUUGUAUAAAUCUAAAUGACAUGUAAUAAAAUUCACUUUUUUUGUA